UUCAUGAAUUGACACAGGCUAACCUCGAAAUCAGUGUAACCCGUCAAUCACAACAAAAACCGACGCGGCAACCGAAUAAAUCCUAGUGACCAGUAAUCGUAUCCGAGUAAUUACAAAAAACUCACCCUCGACGCUAACCUCGGGUCCAACGUGCUUGUUUCCAAAAUGUUACAUAAUAAUAAUAACUUAAAUAACAAUAAAUAGUGAAUGUAUCGUUUUUGUUGAAAUAAUGGGAGAUAUACGCGCGGGAUUAGAGGAAUUGAAACUCGACGUCGCUUUGUUUGCCGACGUUAAAUUUUAUAUCACUGGACGUGCUGAUCCCAAGGUGCUGUCCCUGCUGCACAAAGGGAGCGCCGAGCACUCAAACUAUUUCAGUGACUUCGUGACGCACUUAAUAGCCGGGGAAGAACCAGCAGAGAGCGAGCUCUUCGAAGCCAAAGACAUCUACGAGAUCCCAGCGGUAACCCAAGACUGGGUCUUGCAGUCCGCGAAAUGCAAGCAACUGCUUCCAACGCAUUACUUCUCCGCCCAGGAGAACCAGCUCUUCUCCUCCAUCCGGAUCAGCACUACCUGCCUGUCUUCCCGGGACAUAGAGUCUAUCUGGGCGAUGGUAACUCUCCAAGGUGGCCACUUUCUCUCCCGACUAGACAGGACCAUCACCCACCUCGUAGCUGGCAAAGCAUCUGGUUCCAAGUACGAAGCUGCUAACUCAAGAGGGAUCAAGAUUGUCACCCCCGACUGGGUCACCGAGUGCUGCAGAACUCGAAGCCUGGUUGAUGAAUCCGAGUACCACCCCCGGCUCUUGGUGUAUCCGGCCCCCAGUUCCAUCAGUCUGAUCACCGGGUUCAUUGAUCAAGAUCAAGAGGAUCCAGAAGACAAGGCUCUAGAUGACGUUCUGAAGACCAGAUUGCCGUGGGAGAAUUAUGGAAUGCCCGUUCAAGUUCAGCAAGUUCUUCAGCAGGUUCAGGUUCAACCCACUUCUCCAGAAUCACCGCAGUAUCAACGGCCUGUCUCUACUAGUAGCUUGACUUACAAUUCACAAAACUGGACCCCUAUGAAAUCUGUUCAGCCUGUUCCGGAACAAACUGUUCAAUUACAAGGGUUUAAUCAACAUGUUAUGGUUCAACAGCAACCUAUUCCAGUUGGACAUCAACAGAUUUCUCAAAAUCAAAUUAAUUUACAAUCUGUUAAUCAACAGUCGGUAAGUCAACAGUCCUUAAGUCAGCAGUCAAUUAAUCAACCGCCUAUAAGUCAGCAACAACAACAACAAGUUAAUCAACAACAACAGCAACAACAACAACCAGUUAAUCAACAACAACAACAUCAACAAUUGAUCAAUCAGCAGUCGAUAAGUCAACAGUCUAUAAAUCAACAGCCGAUAAGUCAACAACAACAACAACAACAACCAGUUAAUCAACAACAACCACAACAAUUGAUUAAUCAACAAACGAUAAACCAACAGUCGAUAAGUCAACAACAACAACAACAACAACAACAACAACAACAACAACAACAACAACAACAACAACAACAACAACAACAACAACAACAAUUGAUAAGUCAACAGUCAAUAACCCAGCCACAGCAACAGCAGUCGAUAAGUCCGCAACAAUCAUUAAAUCAACAGCAACAGGCAAUAAUUCAACAGCAACAAUCGAUAAGCCCUCAACAAUCCUUGAAUCAGCAACAAACGAUCAUCCAGCAAACAAUAACCCAACAACAAUCUAUAAGUCCUCAACAGCAAACAAUGAUCCAACAGUCAGUCGCCCAACAACAGCAACAGCAACAACAACAACAACCGAUUAAUCAACAACAGCAAAUGGGACCACCGCAGGUCAACAUUCAGCAUAUCCAGCAGCAGAUGAUCCAGCAACCAAUCCAUCAACCAUUGCAACAGCAGCAACUAACCCCAGAACAGCGUCAACAGUUCUUACUGAUCCAGCAGCAGCAGCAGCAACAGCAACAAAAGAUCCAGCAGAUAUCCCAGCACCUUCAGCAGUCAGCUCCGCAGACCCAAUUUAUUGUUCGGGAAGCUCCAAUACAAGGCCAGCCGCAGAACCAGAGUUUUGUUGUCAAUAGAGAAGCUUGGCAGCAGCAGCAGCAGCAGCAGCAACAACAGCAGCAGCAGCAGCAACAGCAGCAGCAGCAGCAGUACCACCUUCAGCUCCAAAGGCAGCAACUAGGCCAGCAGAGACCAGCAGGUUGGGUCCAGCCCCAGCAGCACCUAAGGCAGUUGAUCCACUUGGAUGCCCAGACGCACCAGAAGCUCCAACAGAUGGACCCGCAGCAGAGAGCUCAGGUGAUUCAGAAGAUCCAGAAGUCCAGAAACUUCAUCCUCCAGCAGCAGCAGCAGAUGAAUCGGCAAGCACACCCAGCGAUCAUCAGGACGUCCCAGCCGGUCCAGUGGGUCCAGCGUGGGCAGAUCGUCAACCAGAAGCCGAUGCCAGUUCAGCCGCCAGCUCUAGCUCCGAUAAACUCAAACCAGGUGAUCCAGGUCCAAGCCCAGACUCCACCAGCACAGAACUUCCAGGGACAAUUGACCCCCCAGCAGAUGGCCCACUUGCAGAUGCAGAAGCAGCAGAUGGCCAGGCUGCAGCAGAUACAUCUCCAACAGCAGCAGCAGCAGCAGCAGCAACAGCAACAACAGCAACAGCAGCAGCAGCAACAGGAGAUUCCGCUGGCGGCUCCAGCAGCUCAGAUGCCAGCCGAGCAACUGGUGGUCAACGCAAAGACCAAGACUGCCUUGGCCAACAUGCUGACCAAUAGACUUCAUGGUGGAGCUGCUGAAGGAAGUGCUGCUGGACAACUCAGGCUAAUGACUGCCCAACAUCGGGCGCCACCUCCUCCGUCCCAGGACCCGGCUCUGCUGGCUGCCUACCAGAGGAGGACUCUAGGGAACAUCACCAACGGAGCUGCUGCAGGGAUCAAGAUGUACACUCAGCAGGUCCAGCAACCCAAGGCCCAGUUCUACGGACACAAUCCUAAUCUAAAGCUUCCGCCGGAUCUCUGUCUUCUGGGGUGCAUUUUUGUGAUAGUGGAGUAUGAUACCCAGUUUCCUGCUUCGGAAGUCGCUAAUUGGAAGCAAGUCAUCGAGCGCCACGGUGGAGAAGUUGAACCAGAGUACUGCGUACGUGCGACACAUGUUCUUGCAAUUACUCAGAAGCAUCCUACUGUGGUUCAAGCGCUAAGGGAUGGAAAGCGAUGUGUCAAUGCUCAUUGGCUGUCUGAUGUCGUUUCCAAGCAGCAUGUGCUGCCCCCUUGGCAUGCCAUUCAUUUUCCGGUGCCCUAUGAGAUUGGGGAGAAACCGCUUAGUCAGCAUAAUGUGUCGUUUUCCGGAUUUGAGGGGGAGGAACGCGCCAAGGUCAAGGCUAUGUUGGAGCUUUUACAGGUCCAGUAUACAAAAUACUUUUCUCGGCACAACACUAUCCUGAUCUGCCGAAAGCCAGAGGGACCUAAAUACAAAAAAGCUAAAGAAUGGGCGAUACCUUGCGUAAACGUCCAGUGGCUGAUAGAUGUCGUCUGCGGGCAGGCUGCCCACCAUCAACUGGAACAGCCCAAGUACCAGCAGUUCAACGCGACUCAUCCUUUCAGAUUAGACUACUCACUGGUUCCCCAUCUUAUGACCGCCUGGAAAAUGCCGAUCAACAUCACCCAGGAGUCUUACGACAAGGUGAAAGCAGUGGGUCAGGGACCUAACGCGAGGCGGAACAAGAAGCCCAGGUUGGAUCUGACUCUGAGCAAGGACCCACAGUUACUAGGACUAGAAGAUGCGAUUGUGGUGACCAAUCCAAAUGCACCAAUUCCUGGGUCAGAAAUGCAGCCCAAGAUCCUGUUCAGUGGAACCAACCCCCGGAAACACGCCAAGAGGAUCCGGGAGCUGGGUGGUACAUUAGCAGCCAGUUGGAGAGAUGCUACUCACUUGGUGAUGAAUGCCCCUUACCGGACGGUUAAGUUUCUCUGCUGCUUAAGCAGGUGCAAGUUUAUUGUCAGUAUCCAGUGGCUGAUGGAGUGCUUUGCCAGGAAUACUUUUGUUGACGAAGCAGGUUAUGGGCUUGACAAUGAAGACUUCGAAAGGAGUUUUAAUUGCAAUAUUCAGAAGGCACUCGCUAGUCCUAAUAAAGGAGAAGUACUUAAGGGUAAAAUUUUCUAUGUGACUCCAAGUGUUGUACCAGCACCAUCAGCAUUUGCAGAAAUAAUCGAAAGCGCAGGUGGAACGUUUGAAAAAACGCGACGCUCUCUAGCGCAAAUUCAAGAAAUAAACGCCACUAAAAUUAACUACAUUAUUAUCACGCAGGCUAAUGACCUCCAUUUACUUAGUGAUGUUCUUCGUGCUAAUAUCGCCGUGUACAGUGCAGAAGUCGUUCUAGGUUCUGUAUGUCGUCAAUCUUUCCAACUGGAGACAUCACAAACCUGAGCUGAAAAGCUCUUGAUAGAAUAAGAAAAAUAAUAUAAGUAACAAAAAAAAAAGCAAACUCGAAGUUUUAAAGUCGGUAUGUAGAAAAUCAACAUGUCUUUU